CAGGAACACAGAGCGCAGAAUCACGAUAUCUUUGACAUCUCUUACUACAAAAUGUUCAAAAAAUACUUGCAAUUUCUGGGACAAGAUCCGCGACAACCACAUAGAUUCCGAAACAUUAUUGUAACUAUAAUGGUGAUUAGUAUUGCUGGCAUUCUUGUACCAACGUUAUUAGAAGUAUAUGAGUCAAUAUCCAUCAAAAAUUUGGACGCAGUGAUCGAGUGUCUACCGCAUUUAAUCGCGACUGUCAUCAGUAUUGUUAAAAUAUUAAACGUCCACUUUCAUACGCAAAAUUUUGAUAAAUUAUAUAAGCUCAUGAUAACACAGUGGGAGCAGCUGAAGUCAAAGAAUGAACUACAUCUUUUGGAAGAAAUUACUAUGCAGGGCAGCAAAAUGGCACAAAUAUACCGACAUACCUUAUUAUCUUUCAUGGGCCUGUUCUUGCUAGUUCCACUUGUUUCUCCAAUUUUAGAUUUUGUUUUUCCACUAAAUGAAACUCGACCGCGCCAACAAUUACUGAGAGUUAAAUACAUUUUCUUUGACGAUGAGAAAUACUUCUAUUAUGUAUAUUUGCAAUUAGCUUGGGGGGCAAUGAUAAGUGUGGUGACGAUAGUUACUAUAGAUUCAUUGUAUAUUCUUAUAAUACACUACAGCAGCGGAUUAUUUGCAGUAUGCGGACAUCAAACCCAGAAGGCAACGAAGAAGUCAAACCUACAGGCAAACGAAAAUAUUUCGGGUAGUUAUGGGUAUGAACAAUUAAGAAAUUGCAUUAUCAUGCACGACGAAGCCAUCCAGUUUUACGAUAUCCUAAACGAGAGUAGUCGGAUUAGCUAUUUGAUUCAAGUUGGAUUGAACAUGAUUGGAAUAAGUGCCACAGCUGUUCAGGCUGUCACAAAUUUGGAUAGACCGGGUGAAGCUUUACGAUUUGCUCUAUUUUGUGGAGCUGAUCAGUUUCAUUUGUUUAUACUCAGCCUACCUGGACAAGUACUCCUGGAUCAUUGUGCAGAGCUAGCAAAUAAUAUAUAUUCCUCCACGUGGUACAGAAUACCAGUGAAAACUCAAAAAAUGCUUUACAUGAUGCAAAUACGGAGUCAAAAGCCAUGUACAUUAACGGCUGCUGGAUUUUACGAAAUGAAUAUGGAAAACUUUGGGAAUACGUUCAGGAUGUGUAUGUCAUAUUUCACUAUGAUAAUGUCUCUAAAGUAA